AUGGUCGCGACGAGAUCCGAGGCGUCGCCCUACGACGUUCUUGGCCAGGACCUCCAGCACUCCAACGAGGACCCGCAGCGGCAGGACGUCGCCAACGAGAUCCUGUACUGGACGCACAGGUUCCCCCGCGGCGUCUCGGGCACGCGCGAGGAGAUGCAGAUGCGCAACGACCGCGCUGCCUUCCUCGUGGGGCUGCGGCGCGUGCUCCUGGCGGGCGCUCCGCCGACCUCCGCGCCCGUCGCGUCUCCCGUCAAGUCCCCCGACCCCGUCUGCGCGAGGUCCGUGCUCAAGUGGCUUCAGGGCACGGGCCUGAACCUCUUCACGAAGGAGAACGAGGCGAUGGUGGAGGCGGUGCUGCGGGACGUGAUCGAGUUCCUCGUGGCGACGGAGCUCGCGCUGGACGGCGAGGACGCGCAAGCACGCAUCGAGGAGCUGGCCAAGAAGCUGCUGGAAGAGGAAGAAGAACGCGAGCGGCGGAAGAAGAAGAAGCGGCAGCCGCCCCCUCCGAGCUUCCCUGGCGGCGGUGCAGGCGGCGGAGGGUUCGGGGACGCGAGCGCUGCUGGCCAGGGCUUCGGAGACGGGGAGACUGGCGACGGCGAGGGCGAUGGGGACGCGGAGGCUGGCGACGGCGAUGCGGCAUCUGGCGACGACGAGGGCGAUGGCGACGACGGGGAGGGCGAGGCCCGUCGUCAGGCACGCAAUGCGCGUGGUAGGGCGGGGGCACACACGUCAGGGGGGGGUUCGAACGUGGAGCUGUCCAAGGAGCAGGUCGAGGAGCUGUUUCAGCGGGCCAGGGCGAGCGCGAGGGCGACGGUGAAGCAGGAGGUGGCGGACAAGCUGCUGGAGGGCACGGCGGGGCCGUGGGAGGAGCGGACGAAGCUGUGGCGGGAGCUGAAGGACGUGUUCGACGACCUGACGAACUUCAUGGACGUCGGGUGGGACCUGACCAGCUCCCUGCUGAGGUCGCAGGGGUGGCGCGAGGUCAAGCGUCUGCACGAGACGGUGAAGCAGCUGCCCAAGUUGCGGGAGCUGCUCGAGGCGCUGGGGCGGAUGGUGGAGGGGCGCGCGGGCGGGAAGGGCCAGAUCGUGACGGUGUACGAGGAGGUGCAGCGCAAGGUGGAGACGCGCGUCGAGAAGCUGGUGCCGGACGUGCCGGAGGAGAUCUGCGGCAUCACGCAGGGCGACGACAUCUCGCGCAUGUUGCCGUCGGAGGCGAUGCUGCUGGCGACGGACGUGCCGGUGCUGCAGACGCUGUGGCACGUGAAGCGGCUGGAGCGCAGCAUGCUGCAGUACCACAUGCAGGGCGUGGACCUGGACACCGUCAUGACGGACCAGAAGCAGAUGGAGGGCAAGGAGGAGGAGAAGCCGGCCGGGAUGGGCCCGAUCAUCGCGUGCCUGGACACGUCGGGGUCGAUGAGCGGCUUCCCGGAGCAGGUGGCGAAGGCGCUGGUGCUGGAGGGCAUCAAGACGGCGUCGCGGGAGAGCCGGAAGUUUUAUUUGAUCAACUUCAGCGGGCCGGAGAACACGCAGGCGCUGGAGAUGUCGGCGGGGCCCGAGGGCAUCCAGAACCUGAUCGGGCUGCUGCUGGGGUCGUUUCACGGCGGCACGGACGUGCACGCGCCGCUGGUGGAGGCGAUCAAGCAGCUGCGGGCGGAGGGGGGGGAGUGGGACCGCGCGGACGUGGUGGUGGUGAGCGACGGGGGCUUCUCGGUGCCGAGCGGGGUGCUGCCGCGGAUGCAGGAGGCGCGGGAGGAGCACGGGGUGCGGUUCCACGGCGUGCUGAUCGGCAACUACGACUCCCCCGCAAUGACGGCGCUGUGCGACGAGGGGUGCUUGCACAAGUUCAGCAGCUGGAACAGCCUCGGGGGCGUGUGA